UGUUCUUAUGAAAUCAUAGAUCAUUUCAUUGUCUCUCUUUUGCAUACUUCAUAUGUUAUCAUUGGAGUCAAUAAUUGCUUGAUCACUGGGACAUAGUUUUUGGGCCUCACUUUGGGCGUGGCUUCAAAAUAAUUUAUGAUUGUUUUAUCUAAUUAUUAGAGCCACAAAACUAUGACUGUAAUUCUUAAAAUACAAAAAAUGAUCUCAGGUCAUCAUAUCUCUUAUGCUGAUAUUACAAGACCAAUUGAAUUCUGCCAUAAUGCCAAAAUAUUCAGAAAUUCCCUUUUUAGCAGGUAUAUCAGUCCUAAAGAGAUGCCAGAGCCUUUAAAGAAAAGUUCAACUUCUUGAACUGAGUGUUGAAAAACUAGUAGAACUUGGAUAUGUGCUGAAAGCAAGAGGAAUACUCUACUUUGAACAAGUAAUUGGCAAAAAGGGUUUUGAACAUGAAUUAGCACAUAGCACAAAAGAACGAUGAGUAAUUCAUUGAUUGGAGCAGAAAAAAUAUGCCUUUGUGAGUAGCAGACAUUGUACUCAAUACAUAGAGCAGGAAAAAUUUAUAGAGCAUCUUAACAUUUCACACAGAAAAAUUUGGUCUUUACAUAUCAUACAAAGGGUCCAAUUGCAAGUUUCUGAAAAGAGAUGGAGUUUCUGUGCCUCUUUUCAUCAUCAUUACCAUCACCAUCAUCAUCAUCAUUUUGCCAAUACAUAAUAGCAUUUGCUGCAUGCAAGAUGAUUUACAUACAUAUCCACAAUUUUUAUAACUAUGCAAUAAAAUGAACAAUAUUUUACACAUUAUUUUCAUUUUGCACAUGAAGGAACCUGAUGUUCAGAAAUGUUCAACGAUUUGCUGAAAGCCACAGAUAAAGAUAGUGAGGGAACCAGAAUUUCAGAUGUCUUUCUGGCUCCAGCGCUCUUUCCACUAUGUUGUACUGGUAUUCUAGGAAUGUGAAUCUGGCAGAAGUCAAGCAGAAUGGUUUGAAGUGGACAUUGGGAUUAUAGGGUGCAGGGAGGAGGCAGUGAGACAACAGUCCAAAGAUCCAUUCCAAUAUUCUAUAAAUCCAGACGAAUCACCUUUCUGUCAGUUGGGCCACGCUUUUCCUUUGGGAAUUGAGAGAAGAGAGACUGACACUGCAAAUAAGGGGUCUCAAAGAUGAGUAUGAAUUUAGAUUCCAUUCAUCGAUUAAUUGAAGAAACACAGAUCUUCCAGAUGCAGCAAUCAUCAAUUAAGUCACGUGGUGACAUGGUAACACCUGCCUCACCCCCCAGGGAUACCUGCUUCCCACUUCAUGGGCUACAAUCUCAUGCUGCUCACAAUUUCUGUGCACACUCAUGUAACACCAACAAAUGGGAUAUUUGUGAAGAACUUCGCCUGCAUGAGCUUGAAGAAGUCAAGGCCAGAGCUGCUCAGAUGGAAAAGACCAUGCGGUGGUGGUCAGAUUGCACCGCCAACUGGAGAGAAAAAUGGAGUAAAGUUCGAGCUGAAAGGAACAGUGCCAGGGAGGAAGGAAGACAACUCAGAAUAAAACUAGAGAUGGCGAUGAAAGAAUUGAGUACACUGAAAAAGAAACAGAGUUUGCCACCUCAGAAGGAGGCAUUAGAAGCUAAAGACACCCAGGAUCUGAAGCUUCCUGGUUUCACAGAAGGAGCCUGUGAACAUAGAGACCAAUUUCAAGUGAGUUCACAAAUGUAUGAGUCCAUCGGAGAGUGUUUGGUAAAAAGAAAAUUUUCUACAAAGGAGGACACAAAUAAUAAGGAAGAAGGUGUGGUUAUUGAUUCUCUAAAAUUAAGUGAGGAAAUGAAACCCAAUCUAGAUGGUGUUGACUUAUUCAACAAUGGUGGUUCUGGAAAUGGUGAAAUGAAAGCUGGGCUGAGACUGAAAGCAAUAAAUCUGCCUUUAGAAAAUGAAGUAACUGAAAUUUCAGCUUUGCAGGUGCAUUUGGAUGAAUUCCAAAAAAUCUUAUGGAAGGAAAGAGAAAUGCGCACAGCUUUGGAAAAAGAAAUAGAGAGGCUGGAGUCGGCUUUGUCUCUAUGGAAGUGGAAGUAUGAAGAACUGAAAGAAUCAAAGCCAGAACAUGUGAAAGAGUUUGACAUUCGUCUUGGUCAACAUAAUGAUGAAAUGGAAGAACUGUCAGGCAAUGUAAAGGAAGAAUCCAAAUCUCAAAAGAGCAAAGACAGAGUGAUUUGUGAGUUAAGAGCAGAGCUAGAGAGAUUGCAAGCUGAAAACACCUCGGAAUGGGACAAGAGGGAAAUACUUGAAACAGAAAAGCAGGGACUGGAGAGAGAAAAUAGAAGGUUGAAGAUCCAGGUGAAAGAAAUGGAAGAGCUCUUGGAUAAGAAAAUUAGAUUAAGUGCAAACUCUCCAAGUCCUGAUUUCAAGACGUCACAAGUUGACCUGCAAGAGAAAAACCAGGAAUUAUUGAACCUUCAACAUGCCUACUAUAAACUAAGCAGACAAUACCAGGCAAAUAUUGCAGAACUGACUCAUGCAAACAACCGAGUGGAUCAAAAUGAGGCAGAAGUAAAGAAACUAAGAUUACAAGUGGAAGAACUAAAGCAGGGACUCAACCAGAAAGAAGAUGAGCUUGAUGAUUCCCUGAAUCAGAUCCGUGAGCUCCAGAGGUCUCUGAAUGAAGAGAGAGAAAGAAAUGAAAACUUAGAGGCUGAACUCAGGCACUUGCAAAACUGGUAAUUUUUUCACAAAAAAUGCUGAAUUAAAGAUUAGGGCCUUAAAUAAAGACAUUUCCAUAUCCUUUUCUUAAAUAUCAGUAAAAUUAUUUUUAUUAACUAGACGUAUUAAUGAAAAAAUCUUAGACAAUACACAAAUUAAUGGGCUUCUUGACUUCUUCUAAUUUUUGCUUAAUAGAUACUGCAUAUUCUCAAAAAGACAAUGUAAAUGUCAUUUAAAAACAACUUUAAUUCUAAGAUGUGUAAAUAUUUUGAAAGUCAAAAGGAGCUUUCAGAAUACUUCUUACAUAAAAUCUGAAAGAGUUUUAAUAUUGGCAAGAAAAAGUAAGUUGAAAACCAUACAAGUUGCUGGUCAUUAACAAGAGAAUCAUUGACUUUAAGUAAAAGUACUGGUUUGUUUAAGUAAUUGGUAAACUUUUAAGUAGGUGUUUUCUGUCUAUGUGGUGGGGAUAGCAGAUUGUAUUAACAAAAAUGAAUCAUUCUAGAGACGUAACAAUACAUUUCUUAUAUAAUUUUAUAAAUCAUAUCUAAUUCUUUGUGUAAAACAGAAGUGAGCAGAUGAAUCAGAAAAAGUGUUUUGUAUUUUAAAGUAACAGAAACCUGUGAUUGAAGCUAAGACAGGUUAUAAGCAUCACUGAGAAACUAAAAGGACUUUUGACUUUUAUCUGGAUAGACAUUUCUACAGUAAAAUCACGGAAGGACAUCAGCAUUGCAAAGUAGUAUCUAGGUAGAAAUCAGGCCACAAUUAAGCUGUGGUUUCCCUUUGAGUAGUGGGAGUAAAGAAAAUUAGGAAAUUGUGGUUAUGUGAAUAUUUCUUUAAAACUUUUAUAUACAUUAUAGUUUAUUGCUUCAUAUUUAUGUUUACUUUUUAAGGUGAAAUGUUAUUUUGAACAAAAAGACACUUAUAAUUUUCCAUACCUAUUUUCAACUGAAGGCAACUUGUAAGAUUUAGCUCAGUUAAUAACAUACUGGUUUUACUCAUCUCCCUCUCCAUUGAUUAGUCCAAAAAAAAUGAAAUCUUACUAAUUCAUUACUGAAUAAAGACCACUUUUAUCAGAGUC